AAUCUAAAACUAUCGCAACGAGUAGUUAUCGAUAAAGUGGCUAAACAGCAGCAAUCGUUGCCUUUUAGUUGAACUGUAAAUUCGUGCACGCCAUUUUGUUAUCAAGUUGAUUUGCGUGAAAAGUGAAAAUGGCUUCCCAGAUGGAGUUCGAUUUAACAGAACGCAUUUUGCUGCAUUUGGAGAGCUGCGAAGAGGUAGACACUUUGCAUUUGGCCCAACAAUUUGGCAUUGAACAUCAGAAAAUAGUGGGCGCAGUGAAGAGCAUUCAGGCGCAUGGCGAGCUGCUCAAAGCGGAGGCACUUACGCACAAAUCCCUUCAGCUGACCGAGGAGGGACAGUCUGUGGCGUUGCGUGGCAGCCACGAGGCCAUUAUCUAUGCUGCGGUGCCCGGCGAGGGGGGCAUAGCCCAGGCGGACUUGCUGGCCUCGGGCGGCUGCAAUGCCAAGCUGGGCUUCAGCAAGGCCAUGUCACAAGGUUGGCUGUGGCUGGACAAAAGCGUGCAACCGCCACUAAUCCGGCGCAGGGUGGCCAACAUAGUGGACCAUGUGCAGGAGCAGCUGCUGCAGCUGCAGCUGCAGCUGGCAGGAGGCGAGGCGCAGCUGUCGGUUUCGGAUUUGACUGACUACAAAAAGCGCAAGCUCUUGCAGGAAUUAAGCAUCAAAAGCUUUCGGCUCAGCAAAGGACCAAAGUUUGCCACCACGCUGACUAAGCUGGAAACGGACCUCACUAUGGACAUGCUGGCCACCGGCCAGUGGCAGCAGCUCAGGUUCAAGGCCUACAAUUUUGAUGCACUGGGCGCGUCACCAAUGCGUGGACAGCUGCAUCCGUUGCUAAAGGUGCGCACCGAGUUUCGUCAAAUCUUUCUCGAGAUGGGCUUCUCGGAGAUGGCCACAAACAACUAUGUGGAAGCAUCGUUCUGGAAUUUCGAUGCACUCUUCCAGCCGCAACAGCAUCCGGCACGCGAUGCCCACGAUACGUUCUUUAUCAAACAGCCGGCCCACUGUUUCGAACUGCCCGAGGAUUAUGUGCGGCGCGUGCAGACCGUGCAUUCGGUGGGUGGCUAUGGCUCGCUGGGCUACGGCUAUGAGUGGCAACUGGCUGAGGCGCAAAAGAAUCUGUUGCGCACCCACACAACGGCCGUGAGUGCACGCACUCUAUUCCAGCUGGCCAACCAGGCGGGCGGCUUUAAGCCCGCUAAGUACUUUAGCAUUGACAAAGUAUUUCGGAACGAAACGCUGGACGCAACGCACCUCGCCGAGUUCCAUCAGGUUGAGGGUGUUAUCGCUGACGUUGGCCUGACUCUGGGCGAUCUAAUUGGCACUCUGCAUGCAUUUUUUUGCAAAUUGGGCAUUACGCGGUUGGAGUUCAAGCCAGCAUAUAAUCCCUACACGGAGCCCAGCAUGGAGAUAUUCUGCUAUCAUCCCGGCCUGGCCAAAUGGAUUGAAGUGGGCAACUCGGGCGUCUUUCGACCGGAGCUGCUGUUGCCCAUGGGCCUGCCGAGAGAUGUGAAUGUUAUUGCUUGGGGCCUCUCGCUGGAACGGCCCACAAUGAUCAAGUAUGGCAUUAAUAAUAUACGGGAUCUGGUUGGACCCAAGGUAGAUCUGAAAAUGGUUGAAGAUGGGCCCAUUUGCCGAUUGGAUCAUGUUUAAUGGGCACUACUGCAUUUCGAUUUCGCUUUCUGUCAACGACAAGUUGAAAGGCUCGUUUUGCAACACUGCUCGACCAAUCGAAUGCAUUGAUCAGAAUGAAAACAUGAAGAAAGCAAUUGUCCAAAACUGAGUUUUCUUUUACGACUUUCUUUCUUAUUUACUUUCGAGCUAUUUGAACAAAAGUGUAAUUACAAUAAGAGCAACUAUCGAC